AUGUCAGACGAAGAAUUUGUAUGCUUGGAGACCGGACGGGUGGAAGGCGCUCUGCGUUCUCUAUCAUCCACCAUCAAACCAACCCUCUGGACGAAUUUCUUUCUUACGGUCUUGAUGUCUUCCAACAACAACAAUCGUAACUCAAACCGUGGUCGAGGCCGAGGGACUGAUCGUGGUCGUGGUCGUGGUCGUGAAGGCGCUGAGCGUGGACGGGGUGGUGGAAGUCGUGGGCGAGGGGGCAGCGGGCAAGAUGGGCGCGGACAAAGCCCAGCUGGCGGCAGUAACACUGGUGGUGCUAGUAAUGCUGGUAAUGGUGGCAGUGGUGGUGGUGCCGGGAGAGGUACUGGCCGCAUCGAGACUCCCCGCUUACCCAUAGAUCAUGCCCCUCGUGGCAUUUGUGAUUUUUACUGGUCGAGUGGCUCGUGUCGGCGAGGUUUUGACUGUACCUUCAGCCAUCAGUUGAAGCCUGGCGGAGAGUCGACUCCCGUCACGACGAAUACUGAGGACGUUGACGAGCCCGUCGAUUUCUUCUCGAGCGAAGGCCUUGCUACCAACAACGGCUCCACAAGGAGCACCGAACACAACCUCAAGCCGAGUGAGGCACACAACCACCUGAAGCCUUUUCUCUACGAUCAUUAUGUCUUCGAUAGCUCUCGGAAGGUAGAAGGUUUCGUUAGAAUCUUUGCGAGCAUCAAUGUUCGCAAUAAAAACUGGGGGAAUGCUCUGCUUCGAUUGGGAGAUAUCCUUCGCUGGAGCACAGAACGCGUUUCUGUUCAGGCAGGAAUACAAAGUCCGGUGUUGUCUUUUCAACGAAGCUACUUUCCCAUCAUCGAGUUCCUUGCGUCCGAUCUCGUCCUCAAAAGCACAGUACACCAUAACAUAAACGCCCUGUAUACUAUCUUCGAGAACAACUACGACGUACUCCACGGCACCCUCCACCGAUGUAUAUCCACGAUGAUCACCACCAAAUCCUGGAUUGACUCCUCUCCUGGGCUGACAUCAGCUCGUCGAGGCAAUUUGGAUGGUGUCAUCGUCUUCAAGGCACUUUCGGUCGUGUAUUUUCAAUACUUCACUCGCUUCAAGCAAGCAAUCCGCAGGCAUCCAGAGAUACUGAAAUUCGUCGAAGAUCUAGCCACUUGGUUCGACACCUGGGCCGACGCUGUCUCCAGCCAUGAACCUACCAUGCAAGACCCUAUCACCUCCUCGCCCCCAGCCGUUCGUAAUCUUACCAUCUCGCAACUACGAGAGGAUAUUCUUCGCCUUCGAACCAUCGUACGCAGGGAGUCUGGCGUGACAGAACAGUUACGCCGGCCGACUAAACAGUCUACCGUCAAUGAUGCUCAUCGUCGCGAAGCACUCCUCAACCGCUUGGUUCAAACUUACGAUCCUCCUGGUGUGCUCAGGCAGGGUGGCAUUCCGCGCCACGACAACGACUUCGCAGAUAUCUCCGAUAUUCGUAUCGCACCUACACAGGAGGAGCUACUCUGCCCCUUGGACCCUUACCUUCCUAAGUUCGUUCCCGGUGCUCCUCAUCAUAGUCCGCCAAAUUCGAUGGAAAGACAUCUCGACAUUCAAUUCCGCCUCCUUCGUGAGGAAAUGAUAUCUACCAUCCGCCAGUCUAUCCAUGUCGUGCAUUCCGAUAUCGGCAGAAUGUGGGAGCAGAAUCGCCGCAAGAAAGAAGUGACCUUGCUCGAAAAGCUCAUCAAAACCAAGGGCGGAGUCUAUCGCACGUCCGGGAGGGACUCUGUGUUUUUUCACCUAUACACCAACGUUCAAUUCUCCCCCGUGAAGGCAGAGCGGCGAAGCUUCACCGUCGGCCUGACCACCGACACUCCUCCAGGGGCUCCACGAGAUCCAACCCCGAAGAAAAGGAUGGAGUACUGGGAGCAUUCCAAGAGACUUCAGAGCCUCAGUUUGAUCGCACUGCUUAUCGUUACUCCCGGCCAAGUGAAGAUCCAUCUAGGUGUCGUCAUGUCCAAUGGUAGCGACAUAGCGGAAUCGGCGCGUUCGAACGAGGACCGCAUUCAGUUGAGGGUCUCAUUCUUCGACAGUGAGAUCGAGCUCGCCGCUCUCCGCCGGGACAACAUCUCGAAAGGCCCGAAACAUUUCGCCCUUCUGAUCGACAACAAUAUCAUGUACGAGUCGAUCCGCCCGUUUCUUGAGACUUUGCAGACCAUCGAACCCACGUCCAUCCCCUUCGCGCGUUAUAUAUGCGCUGAAGAAACUCUGAAGGGCGUACCUGUCCAAGUUCCUCGGUAUGCUAAAGCGCCUGGGUUCACGUUCAAACUGGGUUGUUUGGCGAGGCGAGGUGCUACGAUACAUGACCUGAACCCGAACAGCACGGCUUCGGUCAAGCAGGCUCGUCAACAGUUGGAAAACGGAAGCGAGUUAGAUAAGUCGCAGGCCAGAGCUAUGAUAGAUUCCCUCACGAGAGAAGUAUCUCUUCUGCAAGGGCCACCAGGGACUGGAAAGAGUUACAUCGGCAAGAAACUGAUACAAGUGCUACUCGAGAGUCGGAUUAAACCAAUUGUCCUCAUCGCGUUCACCAAUCAUGCUCUCGACCACAUGCUACGUUCCGUCCUGGACGAGAAAAUCACGACAAAGGUCGUUCGUCUCGGCUCUCGUUCCUCUGACGAGAUUGUGGCGGAGUACAAUCUCGCGAAACUUGAGAAGUUAGCAGAGCACUCGAGUUCGAUGCUCUCAACUAGACGCGAAUAUGCGAUCAUGAAGGAGGCCGAAGAACGACUGGAGAAGGUCACAUACUCGAUCCAACUUCCGCGAGUAUCUUGGCAAAUGGUGCAAGAGUUUUUGAACAUUCACUACAUAGAUCACGCCGACGCAUUCGAAACACCUCCUAUGUGGAUUGCCGAGUUGAUGAGAGGCUCCCUGCAGGACGAGGAGGAGAAUGGGGAAUGGUCUACUGCCGAACGGGGUGGCCGUCGUCGCCAGAAGGAUCCUGAACUCAUGAAUGGCCCAUAUGGCUUCUGGAGGAACGCUCGCGAUCUCGAAUUUCUCAUGCCUCCCGUACCUCAGCCGCAAGCCACGGAGGUCGUCCCUGAUCCACGACCAACCUUAUUCUUGGCCUUAGGCUUCCAAGGAUUGCCUCGCAUACCUACGUCCAAGAGGCCCAUCGACUCUCUACUAUACGGAGAUGUUCCCCUCUGGUCGAUGUCAGCCAGUGAACGCCGAAUGCUCGCAGAUUACUGGGAAGAAGAAAUUCGCCAACACGCAUAUGAAUCCAACCUACACGAGUUCGAAGAUGUCAAGAAACGUUAUCACGAGGCGUGCAAGAACUUCAACGACGUCAAGGAUCAAGCUCGUCAACUUCUUCUCAGUCGGACUGACCUGAUUGCGUGUACGACCACUGGUGCCGCGAAGUUGAUAUCUCUCUUGACCAUCAUCGCUCCAAAGGUAUUGAUUGUCGAAGAGGCUGGGCAAGUUCUGGAAGCACAUGUUAUCGCGUCUUUAGUUCCAUCGGUCGAACACAUCAUUUGCAUCGGGGAUCCUGAACAAUUACGCCCCACGUUGGCUAAUUACCCUCUCUCAAUGGACAGCGAAAGUGGUCGUCAGUUGUACAAAUUCGAUCGCUCAAUGAUGGAAAGAUUAGUGGACAAUUGCCUCCCGAUGUCUCAGAUCAAUGUGCAGCGACGCAUGAGGCCGACAAUCGCUGACUUCCCUCGGCUUAUUCUCUAUCCUAAGCUGGAAGACAAUGCUUCUGUCCAACGCUACCCCUCCGUACAGGGUAUGCAGAAAGACGUGUUUUUCUUGACACACACCCACCAGGAGAAUGGCGAAGCAGACUCUGUGUCGAAGUUCAACUCGUUUGAGGUUGAUAUGGUUAAGGAAUUGGUCCUCUAUUUCCUCAAACAGGGACCAUACAGUGGAGCCGGAGACAUAGCCGUCCUCUGCGCUUAUCUUGGCCAGCUUCAGAAAGUUCGGGCUGCUUUCCGUGAUCUCAAAAUCGCGGUGUCCGUCGAUGAACGAGAUGCGGACCAAUUGGCAAGGCAGGGUGCCGGGGACACCGAGGAAACUUUCGAAGACGUGGUGGUCGGAAAACAUAUUCGUCUCGGAACUGUGGACACAUUUCAAGGCGAAGAGGCGAAGAUUGUCAUCAUAUCUCUGGUCAGAAACUCCGGUUCCUUCGAGAGCAACUCGUCUUCCAUUGGAUUUCUGAAGAGCUCGAACAGGAUUAAUGUUGCGCUCUCGCGGGCCAAACAUGGCCAGUACAUCUUGGGAAACGCCUCGAACCUACGACAAAACGCCAUCUGGAAGACCAUAUUGGACGAGAUGGACGAACGGGAUCAAAUAGGCGAGGGCUUUCCCAUUGUAUGCCCGCGUCAUCCAGAGCAGGCGAGGAUCGUAUCGAAAGCUUCCCAACUCAAGAACUCGUCACCAGAAGGCGGGUGUUUGAUACCAUGCGACGUUCAGCUGGCCUGCGGUCAUCUAUGUCCAUCUGUACCAAGAAGAUCAAGUGCCACGAGAUGGGAGCUCUUGCCGACGUCAAGUGCACUGUCAACGUCACGAAGAGACUUCCUACCUGCGAGCAUACGGCGAUUGUACCUUGCCACAAGGAUCCUGCGACUGUAUCCUGUUCUUCGAUCUGUGGAGGCCAGCUCUCAUGCUGUUCUAGAUCCUGUCGCUCCAAAUGCUGCGAAUGUCAGUUUGCCACGAAGGCUGCUUCGGCCAACGCCCCACCUGCGACCGGUCGCUUGGUUCGUUCACAACAUAAGACACAUCCCUGCGAACGACUUCUUUACUGCCAACAUCUUUGUGGGCGUCCUUGCUCUCAAGACCAUGAGUGCAAUACCGCGUGCGACCAGAAAUGCCGGCAAGCUUGCUCUCAUCGUUCUUGCCCAAAGCACUGUUCGAAGCCUUGCGCUCCUUGUAUGGAGCCCUGUGACUGGUCUUGUAGGCAUAUGUCCUGUCCAGUUCUCUGUGGUUCCAUCUGCACUAGACUUCCUUGUGACGAAGCUUGUACGGCUACCUUAUCCUGCGGUCAUCCUUGUCCAUCAAGAACAAGAUGCCCUUCAAGAUGAGGACGAUCCUCGUCUGAAGGAAGUAGUCGAUUUCCUACUUCAGCGCAAGUUGAACGAAAUAGACCUCUCCUCGCACGACGUCGGCGAUCGUCUUAUCACCUUGGGUUGCGGACACAUCUUCACCGUUGAGACACUGGAUGGUCAUUGCGGAAUGAACGACUACUACGAGAUCGACGUUAUGGGCCAAUUCCUUGCCACCAAGGCGCCUCCGAUAAACUACCAGACACCACCUUCCUGUCCUCUCUGUCGUGGCCCCAUCACCGCUCUUCGCUACGGACGGGUCACCAAGCGCGCCAAUCUCGACAUCUUGGAGCAGAAUGUUGCGAGCACCAUGUCGCAAGAUCUCUCCAAGAUCAGCGCGAAGGUCCAGGAAGUCACCGCCAAUAUGCCGACGAUAGAGAAGGCGAUCAGGGAGGUUGAGUACGUUUCAGGGACUGUGUCGAACUACAAGGGGCCGAAAGCAAAGGCCGUCUCCGAGCGCUUUGUUCCCUUGGAGGUGGAGUCUGGCCCAUUGCCUGCGAACUUACUUAUGCAGUUCAAACUCACAAGUGUACACGGAUUUCCUGAGGGCAUAGCGGGUAAAUGGCAUAAUGUCACGAGCGACUUGUUGGCGAGGUAUCGGGACGUCGUCGCUCUAGCCAACACCCGUGGCCCACACAUCCGUACUUAUGAGGCCGCACUCUCCACACUGUAUCGCCUUGAGCUCGCCGCCAUCGCAGAAGACCAUUCGAGAGCAAGCGACGCUCCAGAACCCCUCGCGAUGCAGGAGGUGAACAAGAAGAUCGGGCAGCCCCCUCACAAGGCAGACACUCGUUUCCAGAUCGAGGCCUUCUUCCUCUCGCUGGAGUUACGCUUCAUGAUCGCCCAAGUCGCACAAUGCCGUCUCGAAAAGAUCUCACGACAGGACGCGGAUGGCCUCGCUCAUCGACAGUUGUGGCAUGCUCUCGUCCAGUUCAUUUAUGAAUCCUGCGUUCGGGACGCUCGAAAGGCCCUCGGUCUCGCAGAAGCUUCCUCUGCGUCUCGAAUGGCGGCCCGGGCUAACGUCCACCUCAUCCGCGCGGAGUUGGAGGUGUUCCGUUUUGAUAUCGCAUCUGAACGCGACGAGUUGUCAAGGAAAGGCCAGCUGAAGGAGAAGGAACGAAGGGGUCUCGCGCUCCGGGUGGAGCUGGCGGCCAGCCUUGCGAAGGAGAUGCGUCGCAAAGGCGAAUUCUCAUAUGUUCGCAGCCGACCGACAGAGGACAUGGCCGGUUUGUUAGAGGAGCGCAGAUGGUAUACCGAAAAUUGUCGUGGAAAGAUAGACAAUUACCUCGAAGAGUACGCGAAGUUGAAGGAACACGUAGAGACAGACCAUGGCUACCAGCCCUUGUCGCUCCAAGAGAAGGAAGACAUCAUCAAGUCGUUUGAUUUUGGUCAUGCUGGCCAUUUCUACAACUGUCAGAACGGGCACACUUUUGUUAUCACAGAGUGCGGGGGCGCGAUGGAGCGGGCGGCCUGUCCGGAGUGCCGUGCACCUAUCGGAGGGUCAAGCCACUACUUGCAAGGCGGUAACACUCGAGCCACAGAGUUCGAGGCCAUUGCAAUAAAUCAGGGUGCGAGAGAAACCCCGUGGACGAAUCCCAAUGGUGGUCUUGGUUUCUGA